AUGGCUCUCAAGUACUCGACAGGAAGGCUCUCCCGGAGCUUGUCCAAGGCGACAACCUCAACGCGCCAUGUCACCUCACCCCUCGUUCUGUCGUCGCCUCAAUUGAGGUCAAUGGCGACAGUUCCGCCUGUCACGCAAAACUCCGUUGGAUCCAAGGGCCCGACGGCCAUGGUUUUCAUGAACAUGGGUGGCCCCUCGACAACAGGCGAAGUGGGCGACUUCUUGAGCCGACUCUUUGCAGAUGGCGAUUUGAUUCCUCUCGGUCGCUUCCAGAACUACCUUGGCCCUUUCAUUUCCAAGCGAAGAACCCCUAAGAUCGAAAAGCAAUACGCCGAAAUAGGUGGUGGCUCUCCGAUUCGCAAAUGGACCGAGUAUCAGAACGCGGAGAUGUGCAAGAUCCUUGACCAAAUUUCGCCCGAGACCGCACCUCACAAGCCGUAUACCGCGUUCCGCUACGCUGACCCGUUGACGGAGGAGAUGUACAACCAGUUGCUGGCAGACGGCUUCGGAAAUGGAAAGGGCGGAAGAGCAGUUGCAUUUACACAAUACCCCCAAUACUCUUGCUCAACAACUGGAAGCAGCAUCAACGAGCUGUGGAAGUGGCGGCAACGGUUGGAAGGCAAGGCAGUGGGAGAGACGAAACCGGGCGACGGUACAAUCUCUUGGAGUGUCAUUGACCGCUGGCCUGUCCACCCUGGCCUGGUCGAGGCAUUUGCGCAAAACAUUGAGGCGAAGCUGUUGGAAUACCCCGAGGAGAGACGCAAGGACGUUGUGCUGCUUUUCUCCGCCCAUAGUUUGCCCAUGUCGGUUGUCAACAGAGGCGAUCCCUACCCCGCUGAAGUUGCUGCGACCGUCUACGCCGUCAUGCAGCGCCUCAAGUUUUCCAACCCCUACCGUCUUUGCUGGCAGUCGCAGGUUGGCCCCUCCGCUUGGCUUGGACCGCAGACCUCCGACUCGGUCGAGAACUACGUUCACAAGGGCCAGAAAGAUCUGGUUUUGAUCCCUAUCGCGUUCACUUCGGACCAUAUUGAAACUUUGUAUGAGUUGGAUCUUGAGGUCAUUGGGGACUCUGGAUCACCAGAAACCGUCAAGCGAGUCGAGAGUUUGAACGGAAGCCCAAUCUUCAUCAAGGCUCUUGCAGACAUUGCCAAGGCUCACCUUGACAGUGGCAUUGCCUGCUCGCACCAGAUGGAGCUCCGCUGCCCUGGUUGCAAGAGCGAGCGGUGCUUGGAAUCGAAGAAGUUCUUUGCCGGACAGCAGACAAAGCUUUCCUCGACGCAAGAGAGAACCCUCGCGCAAUAA